AUGGCUACAAGCACCGCUCGCCGCCUCUUUUACCGUGUGGCCUUUUAUUGGUUUGCAGUCUUCAACUUCUUCUUGUACUUAUUUCUGUUUCUCAAGAAUGGUGCCUACACACGCAAAGAAUCGGAAAAGGACAAGUCCCAAUUUGCAAUUGAGAAGGACCGCUUUUGGAAUCUAUCCAAGUCUCCCCUCCCUGGUUUCGAGCAUUAUUUUUACACCCUCCGCAACAAUCUCAAGCUGCACUACAUAAGUAAUCGAAAUGGACCCUCCCCGGGACAUCUCGUGGUUUUCUUCCACGGUUUUCCUGAUAGCUCAAUGAUGUGGAGACAUCUGUUUCAAGAGAAAGAGAUCCCUCUUCAACAUGCUACCAUUGUCGCCGUUGACUUGCCUGGCUAUGGAGGGAGUGACAGUUUUCCCAAGUACGACACCGAAGUUCUUGAGGCUCUCACAGAGUUUGUCAGCGCUAUGAGAGACAAAUACAUCCUGAUUGACCAGAGCGACACCUCUAACACAAUCGUCGUGGGCCAUGAUUGGGGAUGUGUUCUGGGUUUUCGUCUUGCUUCUGAAGCCCCAGCACUCGCAGAUCGUUUUAUUCUGACGAAUGCCCCCCAUAUCGAGCUGGUUUUCGCGAAUCGGGAUCGAGUCCUGCAAUCUGCUUGCAAGAUUUUCAAACAAUUCCGACAAUCACCCAUACAGCACUGGGCUUGCCUUUCCAAGGCAAUCAAGACCUUAAAACCUUUGAUGCUCCAAACCUUGCUGAUGGGUUAUAUCUUCGCCUUCAACCUCCCGGCUGUCUUUGUCCGUUAUCUUGGCAGCGCUGCGAACUGUGCUUUUGUUCGAGGUGCCAACAAACUCGGAUAUGGGCCAAAAUCAGAGGAAUAUCGAGCUCAAGAGUGCAAAGCUUCGUCCCUUGGCCCGGGCUUGGAAGAAUGUAGAACAUCUAUCGCUUCUUCCGGAAGUGCUGCAGACAUGUAUGGGCCAACUGUUCUUGAAAGAGCCAAAUCUCAUGGCACCGCCUUCUACAACAUGACAGGUCUGUACAGAGAUGGAGCAGGCACUGCACCAUGGUCCAAAUCUCUGGAGACUAUUGCCGAUCUUUAUGCGUUGGAGACCUCGGCAUCAAAUUCCCCCAGCCCCAGCCGCCGACGAUCAUCUAUCUCAAACGGGGCUCUAUUCACAGAUCCAUACAAAGGUAGCCUGAAAGCACCCACUUAUGUGCUAUGGGGAGAAAAGGAUCAGGCUUGUGGCAAAACUAUUUGCCUGGAUGGCCUUGGUGAUUAUCUGGGAAGGGACAGUGAGAUCACUCUCCUCCCUCGAUCUGGACACUGGACUCCAGUUCAGCAAAAUUCCCGCACGGUGUUGGCUAAAAUGAUCAAUUUGUGCGCUGGGAAAAGCGCCAAGCCCGUCGUCAAUAUGACCGAUGAAGUUGCGAAGCUCUAUGAAGGUACAGUCUUGGUAGCCAAAAAGUGA